CCCACAGGCACUCGUCACGCGGCGCACGAGCAAACACGCAAACCCACGUCCCGAACCGCCCGGAAGGUUCGGAGAUGAAGUCGAGGGCGAGGUCCAGCGGCGCCGACUCCAGGCUCUCCGUGAGGAAGUCCAAGGCCGACAAGGACCCGAACAAGCCCAAAAGGCCUCCGAGUGCCUUCUUCGUCUUCAUGGAGGAUUUCAGGAAGGACUACAAGGAGAAGCACCCCAAUGUCAAGCAAGUCUCCGUGAUUGGCAAGGCUGGUGGUGACAAGUGGAAGUCCCUGUCCGAAGCUGAGAAAGCUCCCUUCGUGUCCAAGGCCGAGAAGCUCAAAGCUGAGUACAACAAGAAGAUGGACGCCUACAAUAACAAGCCGACUGGAGGCCCUACAGCUUCCGGUGACUCUGACAAAUCCAAGUCCGAGGUGAACGACGAGGAUGAGGAGGGUGACGAGUGAUGCGUCCAGCUCUCACCCGCCAAGUCGUCGCAGUCAGUAGUAGGGAAGUCUUCGUCGUCUUCCUAACUGGGCAUUGCUGCUCCUUAGCCUCUGGGUGCUGUCUCUCUAGAUGUAGCAGUAGUAGCUGUCCACUCUCGAGUUGGUAGUUGCAAGUGUUGUCCCUGAAGUGAAGCAGUUUAGUGGUAGUGUGUUCGCUUCUUCGGCACUUGACCGUUGUUGGAUUCAGCCUGCAGUCUGUACUUACCCCAAGCAUCUGUUCCUGUUUUACAUCCCAGAUCUCAAUAGAUGAGUUAAUUUGCUGAACUGAA